AUGCCUCCCGCUAUGGUGACUUGUCUCUUUUUGAUAUCACUGUCUGCAAUUCCUAUUGUUGGAUCUGUCGACGAUAUCACAAUACUAGAGCAGUAUAUCAGCGUGUGUGGUAUGGUGCUUUGCAAUUCGUCGAUGUUUGAGAUUCAACCAGACUUGGAUUAUUCUCCUCAGUCUUACUGUCCGGAGUGUAAAUGUGACACAAACUGCUGGUUACGAAGAGACUGUUGUCCGGAUUUGUAUUUAUCGUUCCCAGCCUUCAGCGAGGUUAAAACAAACGUCUUUCCGACCAUGAAUGAGUCUACAACAGAUUCGCACUUCAAGAUGAUUGCCACAUGUCCGAAUGAAAAUCAUGAUUGUGAGGUAGGGCCAGCUUUAGCUGACGUACUUAAUAACGUCCCUGUGUUUGCUGGACCGUAUCAUCUUCCGUUUCGCAGUGCCUGCUAUGCCACUUGUCACGGAUAUGACGUCACAACGAGUUGGUAUCUAGAUACAAGCUGCACCUCAUUUUACGACUUAAAUUAUUGCUCUUCAUUUCAGGAAAUUUCGACUGUGUUAAAUAACUCGAACUGCAAUAUCCAGUACGGUCAAGACUCUGUUACAGACUAUAAACCCACAACAGAUGUCAUUAUUAACACGUGUAAUGUCACGGGAUUCUGGGAUACGUAUGACGCUGACGUAGACAAACUGUGUGCACGUCUGGGACCGGAAAUGGGGAGGCAUUCUCUGACACAUUCAAACGUUUUCUGUUACAUUUGUAAUCCAAGUGAAACUGUAAAAUCAGACGUGAUAUCAACUUGUAACGUCACAGGGAAAUGGAACUUUCUGGAUCAAGGUCUGAGAAAAGCUUGUGAAUACUACCCACUUGCACGAAGCGAACAACCCUAUAAAAACUGGUUUUGUCGCUUAUGUAACCAAAACAAUGCAGAUCCGUCUACGGUUGACUUAUUGGACGGAAGUAUUACUAUAGAUUUCGACACUGUCGCCUCCUGGAAUCACUAUCCCGCACAACGGUAUGACGUCACGGUUCAGAGUGUAGAUAUAGAAAAUAUCGUCAAUAUUGUGAAGUUGCAAAGAAUGAGUGACAACAGCACAGAAACUGAGUUCAAAAGCAUGAUACAGGAAAUUUUGGAAAACGAUGGCGAAAUUGAUUUUCACGGGACUACAGUAAAUAUUACGCACUUGUUAUUCAAAAUCUAUUUGAGGACCGGAUCGUAUGACAUUUGUACCCCUUCACUCUUGAAUGUAACAUUUACCGAGAGGUCGAACAACUGUUCAUGUAACCUUAAUUGUAUAUUUAGCAAAACAGAUGUCUGUUGCCCGGAUGUGAAACUUCUGGCGCGAACGAAAUGUAUCGAUGAGUUCGGGCUGUCGGCAACUCCCAGUGGCUUAAAUACUGUCAACCAAUGGCUAGUAACCGACAAAUGUCCGGCCGACUAUGAUGAUGACGUCAUAUCGUAUUUAUGUCAAAAUGAUGAGGUAAAUUCUGCUUACCAGUUGGUUCCAGUCGAAAGCAUUGCAUCUAAAAUGGCAUUUAAGAAUAUAUUCUGUGCGAUCUGUCACUUAAACAAUGACAUGGCUGAUUCUUAUGACGUCUUCGUGAGAAAAAUGGAUUUUUAUACAAUCAGACUUGUCUGUGCAUUGCCAGUUCCAUUUCAAAAUGAAUUAUCAAUCAGUGAUAUAAUUUCUCGCGCCAAAACCGAAAGCUGUACCAUUCAGUACGUUCCCGCAAAUCUGAUGUUGACUUGUGACGUGGCUAAAGUAAACAGAGGACAGUGCAAUAAAGUAAAUGCAUGGACAGAGGGGGACCCGGAUGUCAAAUGGGCCUGUGAAAACACUGACAUUUUCCCGCCUUUCGAAAAUUCUGAAAACAUUUUUUGUGAUAUCUGUAACCCUUCUAAAACGAAUCCGGCUUUCUUCAAGUCCUGUAACAUGUCACGUGUAUGGAGACAUUAUAACCAGGAUUUAGAAAAGGCUUGUUUGUCGUACCCUGCAAUCCAAAAAACGUCACCAUUCAAAAACGGCUUAUGUCAGAGAUGUAAUUCUCCUGAGUGGUCAAGAACUUUUAGGAAGAAAUCCGUGAUGCUUGGGACAGUGAAUAACCUCAAUGACUUGAAUCUUCUCGAUUACCCUAGAACCACCCUUCGAAGUUUUUUUACUACGUAUUACGAGCAGCCGUUAAAUGAUGAGGACGUCCCCGUGACCUGCAAACACAACCAGAUCUAUGACGUGUGGAAGGAAAAAUGUCGGAAUUUAACAUGUAACCCUGGCCGACAUCUUUACAACAAAACUUGCGUACCCCUGCUUAAGACGACCACCAAUCUGUCGUAUUCCCUGUCACUAGGUUUGCACGGACAAAUCAACAUAACUGAAGUCUACAUCACUGACUUACUAGAAGGGAUCAGUUAUGACGUACAUGCUCACCUUGAACGAAUCCUUAACGUCAAGCACGAUAGUAUAACGAUAUCGUCAUUCCAUGUAAUGUCAAACAUUGGGUGUCCAGAUCGGACGUCUGUCCUUCAGUCUGGAAGCUCUCUUGAUAUUCUUAUAUCUACCCAUUUUGAAAUUCAAAAUGAAUACACCGACAGAUUUGAAACAGAAAAAACACUUGUGGAACUUCCAGGUAAAAUCAUGGAUGUGAGAUAUGCGAAGAAAUUGAGCCCAUUUAGAAUAUCUAAACAGCAGAAAGCCUUUAUAUUGUCGGCUCUUAUCAAGAAAACCAGUCUUAAUCACAAGUGCUACACUAAACAAAUGCUGUCGUCUAAAUUUAGUCCCCAUAGGUCGUACAGGAGAUCACAGGUAGGUGAACUUCUACAGUGCAGACAAGUGCUUCUUGACAAGCAUGAAUAUGAAGUCGAUGAAGAUGGAAUGACUUUGACUUUUGCCGGAAGUGACGUCAUGGUACACUAUCCUGACUUUGAAUCUAUAUCAAAUGGCCAAGUUCGGGUAUGCGAGAGUAGAUUGCCGUCGGUAUUUCCUGUGAAAAGUGUUGAGAAUACAUUUGAAAAUGCUUAUCGCAUAUUUACACUGGUAUUCGUAUGUUUGUCUCUUCUCUGUAUCCUGAUUUCGGUCAUUCCUUACUACAAGUUCGCUUAUCUCCGGACAUUGUCGGGAUUAAAUAAUGUCGGCCUGAUGACGUCGUUAUUUAUCGUACAGUUAAUCUUCAUUAUACAAACUUUUACCGCUACAGGAAAUGACACCGUUUGUGCCAUAUUUGGAAUACUGAUGCACGUGCUGUGGCUCGUGUAUUUCGCGUGGACUGGGGUGGGUACGUUACAUAUGUACCGGGUCUUCGUAUCGGAUGAUUACUUUAUUGACGACGAUAAGAGAUACUCAAGUUUCCGCCAUUACGGAACAUGCACUGCGAUUUUCGCGGGGAUUGUGGUGAUAUUGAAUAUAGGGCUCACAGCAGCCAUAACUGGUGGAGCAACUAUCGGGUAUGGCGGGAAUGGAUGCUUCAUGACGUCACUUCCCGGAAAAAUACUGUCAUUCAUUGUGCCAGUGAUAUUGAUUUGUGGAUGGGAUGCAGUUUUCUUUUGGGUCACUGUCCGUCAUAUUCGUAACACAUCAAUGAAUUGUCGAAGUGUCAUUGCAGAUAAGUCGAUAAAAAAAGACAACAAAUUUUCUUUAGGUCUGUUUCUUAAGUUGUUCAUUAUCAGCGGAUCAAGUUGGAUUUUACAGGUCAUAGACGGAUUCUUUCCGUUGUCAGUGUUUUCUUUUAUUGUAACAUUGGUUAAUGCUUCCCAGGGGAUCUUAAUUUUGUAUCUGAGCAGGAAAAACUUCAAAAAGAAGAAAAACAGACGUCGACCUGGAUCCAGAUACACCGGAAGUGCGUCACGCAGUCAUUCAACUACUCUGUCUUCAUCAACUAAGCCCAAAAGGACUUCAGUGAAUACGGUAAGUGAAAAACUUCAGAAUAACGGCUUUGAUUCUAUCAAAGAUAUUUGCAUAUCUCAACAACGACGUUUGUCUACUUCAUCAAAUGAUCUAUCCACGAAUUCCACUGAAAAAAUAAUCCGUGAAGACAAUGAGAAAUCCUACUCCGGCAGCGAGACUAUUCAAUUUAACGUGCUUGAUGGUGACAGAAAUGAUUUUGAAUGUCAUGCUAAUGCUAUGUAUCAAUCUGAACCCAUUGAACUGGGAAAGGACGGUAAAUACCCUGAUCAUGUGGGGGAAAAAGACGAUGACUCCAUUGAUGACAGGGCCGAGUGUGCUUCUAUCGAAGAUGAAGGAGAGAUAUCGUUCACUCUACCGGACCAGGAUCAAACCGAAGUCUAA